UUUUUUUUCUACGAAAAGAGAGUAAUUUCUAAAAUAUUCAGAGGUAUUGUUACGUCAAGCUCGAGGUCUUUAGUGAUGACCUAUGACGUCAUAAUAUAGUUUUGUUUACACGAAUGUCGAGAUCAGUUUGAGUAAGUCUCUGCUGUGAAUUUUCAAUCGUGUACAAGAAGAGCAGUUUUGUUUUCCAGGAAGCAAAAUGAAAAGAGAAGAACAGAUAGAGAUAAUUUUGACUGCAUUAGCCUGUCGAUCUGCAGGUGUGCCAGAGGACAUGCUACCUCUACCUCAAAACUACGAGGAGAUCCUGGACUUUGGCGAAGAGCCAGUAAAAGACUCAAAAUCUAAGUUAGAAAUACUGAAAUUCAGUCAUAAUUGGUGCGACAUGGUGGAGGAAGAGGAAGUUCGACAGGAAAAUGCAUUGAAAGUAGAGUUAGAGAAACAGAAAAUCCGACCCCAGAUAAAGGCCAAUCAAGAAAUGCUGAAUGAGUUGAAGACAGUUGUGUCCAUGAUGGAAUUAAAAAGACUGGAGAUCCAACAACAAAAGGAAUUAACAAAGAGCAUGUUGACAGGGCUAAAGGAAGAGGUGUCCAGAAGGGUGGAGAGAAGAGUAAUGAAAGAGAAACAAAAGAUAAUAUGGAGAUCAAUUCACCAAGAGAUGAUGAGAGAAGUGACCAGUAGAGUUGAGGGAGCUUUUAUGAAACAAAAACUGAAGAAAAUAUGGACAUCAGUUUAUCAAGAGAUGAUGAGAGAAGUUUCCAGUAGAGAUGAAAGAACAUCAAUGAGAGAAAUACUAAAGACAAUUUGGACAUCAAUUCACACAGAGCUGAUGACAGUUGUGUCCAUGAUGGCAUUAAAAAGACUGGAAAUCCAACAACAAAAGAAAUUGACACAGAGCAUGUUGACAGGGCUGAAG